AUGGUACCUCUAUUCCCCGACCUUAGCAAAGAUGCCAUAUUGUCCUUCCAAUUUUCCUCGUGGUACCCGGAAUUCGCCCGCCUCUCCAUCAAAUCCACCGUUAUUCGACCCUUAUCCAAAGACUUUGAGGAAUAUCUCAAUGCAGAUGGUGUAUUCGUACCCGAAGGAUCCGACGACAUACCGGUGAGGAGUACCCUCUCUGAUGACGAAGGAGGCAGUGAGGAGGAUGAAGAAGAAGCGGGGAGCGAGCACGAAUCAGGCGAUGAACCACCACCGCGACGAUAUGCCUUCCCAGAGCUCGACGAUAAGAUUAGAAUGUGUAUAAAAGAAUAUGGCGCCGUUUUCCCGAAGCUGAAUUUCUCGGCUCCCAAGGAUGCUUCUUGGGUCCUUCCCGCAUCAUCUCCUCUCAAAUGUACUACACCCUCCGAUGUCUAUCUAUUGCUUAAAUCUUCGGACUUCAUUACUCAUGAUCUCAGCGAGGCUACAGUAUUCGACGGCUGUCUUGAUGGCGACGGAGAUUAUUCUUUGGAACUCGUUCUUCGGAAAUGGUAUCCUGUAGACAGGAGCCGCGAAGUGCGAUGCUUCGUGCGUAUCUCGCAAAGAGACACGAAUUACUACGAAUUCUAUAACGACAUGCAGAUUCAGCAAAAGAUUCUCACCGCGGUCCGAGAACUCUGGGAGAACAGUAUACGGCAUGCUUGGGAUUCCAUACGGCAUUACACGGUUGAUCUUCUCCUAACUCGCGAUCUCUCGCGCGGGCACAUCAUCGAUUUCAACCCGUUCGCCCCUCGGACCGAUCCCUUGCUCUUCACGUACGAAGAACUGCUAGAUAUACACCUCUCUCGUCCAUCGACCCCUACGUUCAAAGUCAUCGACUCCCGUGCCCACCCCUCUGCGAACUCGAAUUCACCUGCGCACCAACACAAUAUGAUACCAUUCGACACAUUGACUCUGAGCAGUGGACGUGAUAUAGACGAGUUCGCGGCUGCUUGGAAAGACCAGCUAGAGAUAGGGAUGAGUGGACUGCCAGGAGAUUCCGACUCCGAAUGA